AACUCUCAACGUCUGUAUUCGGAGGAAGUGUCUCGUGCUAGGCGUGUUGCACUUCCGCCUUCUGAUUAUUCGCGAUUUCUGAGGGGACGAAAUAUUGAUUAUAUGGACGUCGCAAUUGGGCACUUUAUUUUUAUUAUUUGUGUUCCCUUUACUCUGUAAACAUUCCGCCGAAAAAGAAGAGACGGUUAAACCCUUUCACUAGGAUUUUCUCUCAGCUGCUUGUGACUCGUCAGACCUGCGAAGGAGCGGUUGGGUGCCGUGAGCGGUUGGACUUCAACGCUGAGCCCCCUUGGGAUCCUAGCUGAUAACAGGAGUGGUCUGGCUUCCGACCUAACUCUUGGCUAUCACUAGGACCCAGGAGCUGCGAGGGCUUUGCUGAAUUGGUGACCUGCUUUAUGACUGUGUUGUCACUGGCUUUUAAAUGAGGAUGAAAGCAACACUGGACGAGUUGCUCUGUUCUGUCGAGCUGCUUGAAGGAGACACUGCUCUCCAUGACGUGAUCAACAAACACAUCUCUGACCAAACUCAAGCACAAAAGAGUGCGUUCUUCGUGGCCGAUCUCGGUGCCGUCAUUUGGCAGCAGAUCCGAUGGAAAUCUCACAUGGACAGGGUUCGACCUUUCUACGAGGUAAAGUGUAACAGCAGUGCUGUUGUGGUUGAGAUCCUGGCUGCACUUGGAACCGGCUUCGUCUGCUCCAGCAAGCAUGAGUUGGAUUUGGUGAAGCGCUUCGGUGUUCCUGCUCAAGACGUCAUUCUGGGUGGAGCCUGCAAACAACUCGCACUUAUUAAAUAUGCUGCUAAACAUGGUGUCCGGCUGCUGGUGUGCGACAACGAGGCUGAGAUGAGGAAGAUCGCUCGCUGCCACCCAAACGCAAAGUUGCUGCUGCAGGUGUACGCAGCAGGCUGCGAGCACGAGGAAACGGCAAUGCCGUUCGGCUGCACGCUGAAGGACUGCAGGCACCUGCUGGAGUGCGCGAAGGAGCUCGGUCUGAACGUAACCGGUGUCAAGUUCCACGUUCCCAGCUGCUGUGUCGAACUCGAGGCCUUCACUCAUGCUGUUUCAGAUGCACGCUGUUUGUUCGACAUGGGGAUGGAACUUGGAUUCAGCAUGAGUAUUUUAGACAUUGGCAGAGGCUUCGAUGGAGUCGAGGCUCAGCUAGAAAAGGUGAACACGGCGUUGAAACCCAUGCUGGAUGCCUAUUUUCCUCAGUCUACAGGCGUGGAAGUCAUUGCCGAACCUGGAGCCUACUAUGUGUCUGCUGCUUUUUCGUUGGCUGUAAGCAUCAUCUCGAAGAAAACGGCGGCUCAGGAUGCCAAGCAACACGAUACACUGUCUGGAAGCAACGAGCCGGGGUUCACGUACUGUCUGAAUGAUGGUGUGUUUGGCUCCUUUGCCUACAAGCUGUUGGAGGAAUCUGUUCCUGUUCCUACUCUUCUCAAGGAGAUCUCUGCUGAGGAGCCGCUCUUCUUCAGCAGUCUCUGGGGAAACUCGGACGAUGGUCUGGACCAAGUGCUGGACUCCUGUCUUCUUCCUGAACUCAGUGUUGGAGAUUGGCUGGUGUUUAAUCACACCGGAGCGAGCAGUCUCGGAGUUAUGGGAGGCACCACGCAGCCUGUACACUACAUCAUCUACGCACAAGACUGGUACGAGAUUCAAAACUACGGCGUCACACUAGACACAGCUUUGAAGAACUUCUCUCUGGUCCCUUGUUUCCAGAAGCCCACUCUGAGCAAGAGCGCCAUCUCCACUCCAGCUUAGUCCAACCACAGCUGCUCUGGCUGGCUAAUUUAAUUUAAAAAAAGAGAGAACCUUCUGGGACCAGAGUACAACGAAGGUUUCAAAUGGGUUUUUUUUUUUUGGAUCAGGAAGAAACACAUUUACGGUCAUGCAUAUCGUCACGAUAAGGUUUAGUCAUUUGUGGGAUCGGUGGUUAGUGCUGUUUACAAACCUGCUCGAAUAUUUAAUUCAGUUUUAUAAAUAUAUACAGACCUGUGUAUAUAUGUAAUAAUAUUUGCCGCAAGACAGAGUCUGGUGUUAUUUAUUGAAUACGAGGGUGGGAUUUUAAUUUUUGUUUUUUUCCUAAAGAGCCAUGUAUUUUAUUAUGCUGGUGUUUAAGCAGCCAGCAGGUGGCAGUGUAGCUCUGCAGCCUGAUCUACUGUAUUCAGGAUGAUUUAAGUCUAACUAUUUGUUUCUGAAUGCACACAUUAAGUUUUUGUUUUCUUUUCUUUUUAGCGCUGCCGUGUUUCAAACUGCUGUAUGUAACGUUAGAUGGCUCGCUUAGAAACCUGAGUGUUGUUAAGAGCUGAAGUAUCGCUAUAAAGACAGCUGCAACUACGUAAGGUGAUUCACAAGACCACCACUAGAUUCUCCUCUUCUUGUGCUGCAGCUGUCCGAGUGUGUGUGUAAAAAGCAAUAUGGGAACACGGAUGGUUAGUGGGGGGGGAUGUCAUCCAUUUUAGGAAUUUGGAGAGCUGUGAUACUGUGAAAACGACUCACUAUAAAGUUUGUAGUGUAAUAGAACUGCAAUACUAAAUACAAUCGCAUGGCUUCUUUUUAGCAGAUGGAGUUCCUCUAAUUGUCCUGUUUUCUAUGUGAUCCUUCUAGGCAUGUGCUGAUUCGAACGUUUCAUAUCGCCAUAAUCAAUGAAACGUGUAUUUGUGUAAACUGCUGAUCUAAAUUCUGAAAUGUAGUGUGGGGAAGAAAAAAAGCAGCUCGUUUGCUUCAAGGCUCAUUCACGUCAAAAGUGUCAGUGUUCAUUCCUAAAUCUGACAUGCAGAACUAACACCGAAGCAUGGGUCCAGAAUUAAUGAAAUUACACAGUUCAUUCGGUGGCUCGCUAUUAGAGUUGGAAUUCCAAUGUCCAGGAAUUUUCAAUACUGGAAACAUUCCAUGGGAAUAAACAGACCAGAAAUUACAGGUUAGCCAGUAACAAAGAACUGAAAUGUAGGUCAAAAAAAUCUUGCAGGAUAAUCUUGGUUAAAACAACCAGAUUUAAUGAAAUUUUAGUUGAAUUUCUACUCUGUGCGUUCACAUGCACACUCACUGUAGAACUAUUAACUCCUACAUGCACUGUGAAUUCCUCCAUAACAUAAUACACAUCAUUUCGUGAAUCCUGCACACACAAUGUCAGAAAAUGUUUGGCGAGUGUUCACAUAAAUUACAUACAUAUUACACACAUUUGUGUAUAAGACUUACUUGUGCUGUGUGUAAGCCAUUGUGCAACAAAAUUAUACUAACAAUUAAGUCUAAAUUAAUUUUUAUACAUUUUUAUUAAAUUAAUUUUAAAAUCUCUUAGUUUGCAUGAAUGUCGGCUUAUGACCAAAUAAAAUGUUUGUAUAUAAGUUUAUAUAAAUUUUCACAAACUUCUAAUUAAUUCCGAUUAAUGUCCCAUGAACAGUUUCUGGAAAUUUAGCGGAAGUUUUCCACCCCUUUGCAACCCCAUUCACUAAGUUGUGUCUAAGUGAAAUUAAUUACAGCUGGGACUGAUGUUUAACGCCCCUCCGUACAACCUUAUUAAUGAACAAUGAGGGAUUAAAAAAAAAUCUUUAUAUAUAUAUAUAUAUAUAUAUAUAUAUAUAUAUAUAUAUAUAAAAAAUUCCCUGUUUUUGCUGGUCAGAAUCAGUGGUUAUUUAUUACUUGGUCUAUGCUUUAAUCUACAGUGCUGACUAUAUAUUACAUUUGUGCUCAAGCUUUGAGGUGAAUAUUGCUAUAAAACAAAAAAGAUAGGACCUUUUAGCUAAUAGUUUACUUCUUGCAGUUUAUAAUAUUCACGAGCUUGUGUUAGUAACCAUGUUAUUGCUGCACAGCAUUUUGAGCACAAAUGCUGUGAAGCACACGUGCAACGAAAAAUGUGUUUUGUGUGAUACGUAUUGAGACGAAUUCAAUUAUCUGCACAUGCCUAGAAGUUCUUGGUUGUCUGUCGAUUAUAAAUGUGCAGUGUGUUUGAGAAAGUGCUGUAUGGUCUCUGUAAGUGCUGAUGGAGAAGCUCGGAACGUGGAGAUGAUGGAUGAGCUUCCAAGUUUGCUAAAACAAACAGUGUCUAUUUGAAAGGUUGAUGUUUUCAGUUCCUCAGAUGGAAGAUGUAAAAUGUUGGCCUGUUUGGUAAUACACUGUCAGUAAUUAA